GCAAAGGGCGCACUGAUGUUCGCCGCGCUUUUUAGUAUCUAUUUGUUUUGUUUUUGUUUCUCUCUCUUCCUUUCAGAAGUUUACUUAUGUUUAUGAUAUCAAGAGUACAGCUAUAAUAAGUGCCUCCUUUUCAUCUGAAACCUACGGGUAAAACAAGGAUGACCAAGAUGAUUUCGAAGCAGUUGCACAAUUAUGCGCAGCCGCUGCGCAGGCAGCACAGCCGGAACCUUUUGUCGGCCGUUGUUUUUUGGGCUAUAUUUCAUCUGUUGCUACAACCGCAACAGUUUUCAUCUGCGCAGCAGGACCUGCAUAAAGGAACAACAAUUAUGCAAAAGUCCAUCUCAAAAAAGAUCGACACCUCGUUGAUCUUUCGCGCGACGCCGAAGCCGGAACUGAGUGAGGCGCUAGACCGUUCAGUGAUGUACCUCCUGAAGGUGUUGCAAAUCCUUUUCUUUCACGGCAGCGGCUUGGUUGGUGAAUGGGCGCCCGACGAAACCACAGGCGUCAGCCACUUCCAAGCACGGUAUAAUAUCGAGGACGAAAGAGAAAAUGGAAAUGCUUGCUCAGGUGGGGCAGAUGCCGGCGGAACCUGCACGACCAGAGACAGCGCAAGAACAGAAGAGCAUACCACGACCACCGUUGAUCUUUCCUACAACGGACCCCAGAAAGACGAUCCGAAGUUACAGAUCAAAGCACAUCAGAACACAACAAGCGAAGAGAAGAAGAAAAACAAAACUCGUAGCGACGAUAAAGUAGAGCUGCAAUCUAGUUCUAGUGCCGGCGUGCAACAAGAAGAAAAAAAAGACGAACAGAUUUUGUCAAAAACGAGAAAGUCCUACCCGGCGGAAUACAUCCGGUUUUGUUGGCUUGGGAUUGGAGAUUCCUCCAGCGUCCUGCUCCAGCGGUUCAUGAUGAUCUUUCCCCAGUUCAUCUUAUCUCAGGAAGAAAUGUCAACGCUAAAAACGGAAUUUGUGACGCAGCAAUGCAUCGCAAAACGUGCCAGAAUUUGUCAUGCAUGGCAUGCUUGUUGGGCUACAUUCGUGAUGCAUGACUGCAAUGAUCAUCUGUGAAAACCGUUAACGUUAACACUUUUUAUUGUGAUGCAUCUACGUGCUAAUCGACACUGAUUUCGAUUUGGACUUUCUUAUCCUGUGCAAAAUUAUCGUACUCGUAGUAAUUGCUAUCAUGCAUCACAGAUAUCCCUUUUUGGGUAAAUCAGCAUUACAAAUUUCAUUUUUCUUCUUGAAAAAGUUUGUCAUGCAAUUUGUACUAGUGCGAUACUCUUGCAAUGCAUAGUUCUCCAGUACCUGCAACUCGGGUUCCCGAACGCAAUAUCAAAUGCAAAAAUGUCUGCGUCUGGAAGGUUUCAGCUUGUGAUGCUAUCUUCGGAUCCUAAAAACAUUUGUAUUGCAUGACCAGGCAGAGGAGCCCAUUUUGUGCUACGCGGGAAGGGCAACAUAAACAUUUGUCAUGCGAAAUAGGCAUCAGGAUGCCCUCAAAAAGUCUGUGAUGCUAGGCCAUGCUUUACAAGCAUCAUGGGUCAUGCAAAAUAUGCAUGACAAACCUGGAAACCUUCCAGACCCAGACAUUUUCGAAUUUGAUACGCAAAAAUAGAGGUCAAUUACGAAGACCCAAUGGCCGCCCACCAGAGUUACGCGUCUGGGAGCAGUGCGGACGAAAGCAAGACGGAGAGGCAAAAGCGGUUUGAGGAAGAAGAUAGGAAAGCGAAUGGCAUAAAACCGCAUCCGGACGUGAGGGAGCUGGCGUUUGUCGACGAAAAUGGGAGAAUCGCGGACCGAAUAGGCCCAGAGGAUAAUCUCUCUUAUCGAUUGGAUAAAGCGAAAGAAUCGCCAACAGAAGACGUCGAUAGCAAGGAGGACCAGAACAACCCGUUUACAACUUCCACGGCGCCAAGUAGCCCCCUCGGCUCCAAGUGCGACGUUCUCGCGUUCGGGCGGGACACUCCGAAGUUCACAUUCAAGAAACUCCAAAAGUGGGCGAAAGACCCGACCGUGAUUCUUUGGCUCACGGACGGCUGUGGGGAUGGAGACAGCCUCACCGACGAAAUCAAGUUAUCCGAAGGGCAGAUAACACUGGAGGAGCAGAAAAAGCAAAAAGUGAAAUUGAAGCAGCAGUGCCAGUUCACCUACUCCCAGUGGCGAAGCUCGUUGUGUGGUGACCCCGAAGACCUGAUCAACAACAUGCAAGCCUCGACGUCCGCCAUGCAAGCCGUGCUCGACUCCAAAUACGGGUCCUACGGUCCGUGCUACAAGCACAAAAGAAACGACUACACCAAGGAGGAGGGGUUCGAGACCCAGUCGCCCGUCUGCGUUUGCGCACUGAUGCCGGAACUGGUGCACGACUUCUACUUCGAAAAAGCGAACUGCGCGGAGUUCAGCAAUCCAAAGGGGCUCCCCCCGGGGAAGAGGAUACUGGGCCGGAACACGGAGAACUGGUACGACCCGAAAAAGGACUACUUCCUCGGCUUCGUAUGCAUUGCAAAAGUAUCGUACUAGUAUAAAUCGCAUUACAAAUAAUUUUGGCAAGAAGGAAACUGGAACUUGUAAUGCUGUUUUGCCUUAAUAAAAACAUUUGUCAUGCAUAUUUGCAAUUAGUACGACUACGAGUGCGAUACUUUUGCACAGGAUAUCUCGGGCAGUGGAACCAAGACUGGUUAUCAAAUGUAAAAAUGUCUGGGUCUGGGAGUCUCCGAGAUUUGUCAUGCAGUUUUUCCAAGCUCUAGCUCCCCCACGUCUGGAAUGCAGGGCCCAGCAUCACAGGUUCUGCAGUUGUUCCUUAAUGAUGCGUUUUCUGCAUGAGAAAUGCCCUCUCAGCAUGGUCAGAAGUGGGCACCUUUUGCACGUUUAUGCAUCACAAGUCUUUGUAGGAUCCGAAACACGCAUCACAAGGUCGGAUCCUUCCAGACCCAGACACUUUUGCAAUUCAUAGUGGUUUCUGUUCCACAAUUUCUUUCGCAACCAAAUUUUCCCCACUGUGGUGGAUAAGAAGACGCUGAAAACAAGGCAAGACUUGGUGCACAAGCUAUGGAUUGUGAAAAUGUCUGGGUCUGGAAGAAUGGAAGGUCUGUCAUGCUCUGCCAGCAUGACCCCAAAGUCUGUCAUGCACGUUACCCAAGUAGAGGAACCUCGUUUUUUUGUCAUGCAGAAACGCAGUUUGUCAUGCAGAAUAGGCAACACCUCGAAGCUCAGAAACUUGUCAUGCUGAGCCUGCACUUGUGGCCGACUCAUGAUACGCCAACCAGCAUCACACGUUUCCAGACCCAGACAUUUUUGCAUUUGAUACAAGCUCUUCGCGUACAAGUCCUCCGAUGGGAUCUACAUCGACAUCGGCGCCAUGGGGGCGUUAUACAUUGCAAAAGUAUCGAAUCGUACUACGUCUAAACUGCAUUACAAAUUUUCUCGAGAACAAAUUGAGUUUCUCAUGCUGUAUCAGGUAGAGAGAUAGAUUUGUCAUGCAUGGCAGCUGCAAUUUCUACGAGUGGGAGUGCGAUACUUUUGCACUGGAUAAGCGUUUGAGCUUUCCAACACCGCGGUGUUUGAUCAGUGCUUCAACUGGAAGGGGAUUUGCGUCGAGCCAAACCCGGCGCAGCACUACAUUCUGGAGCAAUACCGAACCUGCGUGGUCGAAAAGCGGGCCGUCGGCCGGAAGCGGGAACUGCAAAACUUUUCCCUCGAUUACACCGGGUCUGUUGGGCAUCUGAAGGGGAGAUCGGCCGGCGAGACGGAAGAAUUAUUCUGGACAAAGCUGGAAGGAGGUCAAGACGGAGGCGGCGAGGCCGCGCGGUUCCUCCAGUCAACGUUCACGUAUCAUUUGUAAAAACGUUCCCAGCUCCCCAGAGUCAAGAUGGAGAAUCCGCUAGACAAAUCCACAAGCCUUUGGUUGUUGCGCGUGACAAGUUCCGGCUCGCGGUGUGGUCGCGCUUAGCGUUAGAUAGUGCGGCAGCAUCACAGAUCUAGCAGAGCACUCUGAUUCGAGCAUCACAAAUUCCAAAACACAGCCAGAAAAUGCCUCUCGUGGGGCUCCGCAUGAGAAACAUUUUUAUUUUCAGCAUGCAGAUCAUUCGCAUCACAUCUCUGGGGCGGAGACGUUUUUGCUCAGGAUAUCACGACCGAGGUAAUCACGCUGGAGGAUUUACUGCUGGAGAAUGGUGCGUCGGAGAAGCACUAUGAAUUGCAAAAGAAUUGCAUCGUACUAGUGUUAAGGGCAUGACAAUUUUUUUUCUCAGCAUGGCAAAUGGAAUUUUUUGUCAUGGUGAAUUACCUGCUAGGAAGCCAACAGAUUUCGAUUUCGAUUUGUCAUGCAUGAUUGCGAUCACUACGAGUACGAGGAGUGCGAUGCUUUUGCAAAGGAUAAGCACGAGAUCGACUUCAUUUCUAUUGACGUGGAAGGGGGGGAGUACGAGAUUCUUGUCGAUUUUCCGUUCGAGAAGUUUCCAAACAUCAAUGUCUUCUUGAUAUGAAGAGAGCACCACUCCCCCUCCCCUUCGUUUGUUUUUUGUAUGGCAUAAACAGCGAUUACAACCACCAGCACACGUAGGACCUGCGCAUGACAAGUUCACGCGCCUAGUGGAGUACUGUUCGGGCUACUUCCGGAAUCUGUCAUGCAAACAGAGCCACGAGCUGGCGCUUGGAUUUGGGAUUUUGCAUCACAAAUCAGGGGGAUCGGGAGUAGUUAUGCACUCUCAUACUUGAUAGAGGUCGACGCGAAGAAUGUUUUCAAAAUGGACAUUUUGAUGUCCCUGGGGAAGUACGUGAAGGUCGCACAAUUGGGGAAAGACCAGGUGUACGUGAGUCGCCGAUUCUCGCAGAAGCUCGCGGGCGAGUAUUUCCGCAGCUUUGUCGACGAAGAAAAUGAGGAGAAAAUCGUGAACAUGAAGAGAAUAUGAAGUGCAAAAGUAUCGUACUCGUAUUGCAGUCAUGCAUUACAAAUCCUUUUGUUAAGGUAAAUCAGCAUUACCUCUAAUGCUGAGGAAAUUUGUAAUGCAUUUAUACGAGUACGAUACUUUUGCAGUGCAUAGAGAAUCAACCCGUUUGAACUUGCGUUUCCCCCUUACAUCAACAUAGAACCUUACAACGACACUUUUGACGUGUUUCAGAGGAGAUUUUUAGACCCGGAUUUUGGGGGAUGAGAGGCUGAGGCUCACUCUCGCAACAUAAAAAAAUAACGAAAAUAAGUGACUACUGCAGGUGCACAAUUGUAGUAGAACGCACUUUCUACGCACGCCUACCGUAAAAAUUUAAAAGCAAAUCAUAUGGCAUGCAGCUGAUGCUCCUCUUGCUGAUCGC